UAUACUGUUUUUUAAAGUUUAAUUUCAAAUUCAAGCAACAUAUUGCAAGUUUCAACUGCGGUCACAAUGUUACAGUGCUGAUCCUAUACUGAAUUUAUUCUAUGCAGCGUAUUGAACGUUGUCACACUGUAAUUUCAAUUUCCACCAGAAUCAUAACAAUAAACACCAAAUAGUAAAUACACAGUAAUCAGUAUAUAAUAUUAUGUUACUGUGUUUAUUAGACAUCGGUUUACACUUUAAAUUUUAAAAAGCACUUGGUUAAAAGUUCGCGUUAAAUUUAGAUUUUUUUUAAUUAUUGGAAGCGUUUUAAUUUUAAUGUCACUAUAAUCUUUGUAAUUAUUUUGUUAGCAAUGUCUACUGAUAACUACCGUUUUGUCGAAAGUGAUAGUUUGCUCUGUUACCAUGGACCAAUGUUGUAUGAAGCAAAAUGUUUAAAAAGGCGUAAAUCUACUGACGGCAAAGCCCAAUACUUCAUUCACUACAAGGGGUGGAAUAGUAAGUGGGAGGAAUGGGUGGACGACGAUCGAGUUUUGGCCGUAAACACAGUGAAUAUGAACAAAAUGGCAUCACUCAAAGCACAACAUUCAAAUUCCAAAAAAGGUGGAGCAAAACGUUCUGUAACUAUAGUUAAGGAAGAAACUGUACGUAAUACUACACCGCCUGCUACAAAAGGAAAAAAACCUUCAAAACCAGAAACUCCUAAACAAACUCAAUCUCCCAGCGUUUCAUCUCCAGCUUCCCCAAAACUGAAAAAGCGAGGACGACCGCCUAAACCCAGUGAGGCCAUCAAAUCUGAAGAUGGCAAAGAAAAUACUGAAAAGAAUUUUUUUGCAGUUCCGGCCCCAGUGUCUUCGGCAAAUAAGACAGCACCAAAAUUAGACAUACCAAUUAUCAUUAAAAGAAGAAUUGCCUUUGAUUGGAACAUGAUAAAUACAUUUAACAGGAUGUUGAAAUGUCCAUCGCAGUUCACUGUUACACAACUCAUAGAUGAUUACAUUAAAUCCAAACAAAACUCGAAAUGUGUCUACAGGAAUAGAGCUUAUAAUACUGGACUAUCAAUACUGCAGUAUUUUAAUGCUUUAGUCAACCAACAACUGUUGUAUCCAGUGGAACGAGAGAAUGAUAUGCAUGUCAAAGUUGUGUCUUUAUUAUCAGAAAUAGAAAAACCAGAUAAAAAAAAGUACCAAGAAAUGAUGAGUGAUCAAGAAUUCUGGUGUUCAGUAUAUGGGCCGACCUAUUUGUUACGAUUAAUUGUAAAAUUACCAAACAUUUUGGAAUUUCGGUACAAUGCAAAGCAGAUACUAAUAAUUGUUGCUAAUUACCACGAUUUAUUCAAAUUUAUAGAAGAUAAUUUUUCAACAUAUUUCAGCAAUGACGAUUAUGAACUCAGAAAUGUUGCGAGCAAAACUUAAGCAAUAAGACUUUUUUUGACCUAAUAACUGGUGUGUUUUGUAAUUACUUAGUAUCAUUAGUUUUAUUAACAAUAUGUUGAAAAUUAGUAUAUUACAAAAAUUCCAUUACUGUAUAUACUGUAAUGUUGAAAAAUUAUUAAUAAUUUAUGUUUUAUUAUUUUUAUCAUUUAUGCAAAUACCGUAUGUUCACGGAAAAAAGAUCAAUUUAUAAUUUACUUUUCCAAUUAUAUUUUUAAUGUGGCUUAUAAACUUGUAUAAAUAUUUUUAUCAUGUGUACCUGGGAAUACAUAAUAAGACUUGUGUUUUUUUUUUUU